UCGUAAUCAUAGACAAUUACCCAUAAUCCAUUUCUCAGUUUAUAUUGUCACUGGCUUCAUUAUGCCUUUGGGAAUGUUGUUUAUGUGUACAGAGCAGGAAGCAGAGUGGAGUAUUUACGGGUUGUUUUUGCUGAAGCACAGCGAUGUCCCGGUUUUUAAGUGUGUCCCCGGCUGUUUUUUGCUCCCGCUGUAAAUACUGUUCUCAGAACAGCGGCUCUUUCUCCUUUGGCGUACAGAAGCGUUGGAUUCAGCAGCCGCUCACUGACCCAGGGUCACAGCGUCGGAGCCUGACACUAACAAACAGGGCCUUCCACUUUAAUAAUGGCGGCAAACGAUGUUUUUGGGCGCUGGGCAUAGGAGCAGGGGUUCUGUUAGCUCUAGGGCUGAGGUAUCACGUGUACAGUCGUGAGUGUGAGUGUGAGUGUGAGAAAACAGUGAAAUCUUCCAGCAGCUCCAAAUACAGCGCGGCCAUAGAGAGCAGCCGCGACCUCCUGCAGCGGAUAAAGGUACAGGAUGAAGUUGGAGCUCCUGGCAUGGUCAUUGGCGUUUCUGUAGACGGCGCUCAAGUGUGGGGUGAAGGCAUAGGGUAUGCUGAUUUGGAGAACAGAGUGCCAUGUGAUGUUGGCACUGUGAUGAGGAUCGCCAGCAUCAGUAAAUCUCUGACUGCAACUGCUGUUGCUCGGGUGUGGGAAGAUGGAAAGCUGGAUCUGGAUGCGCCUGUCCAAAAAUAUGUGCCUGAAUUCCCUGAAAAACAGUUUGAAGGGAAGGAUGUGACGAUAACUCCACGACUGCUGCUGUCUCACCUGAGUGGUAUCCGCCAUUACGAAAAAGACCCCAAGAGAGUGCGAGAAGAUAAGGAAAAGGCAAAACGCUUAGUAAGGCCUCCUGGAAUAAAAGAAGAAAACAAUUCCAAUGAGACCAAGCAGAAAUCUACACAGUCGGACAGCAGAAAGAAGAACACGGAUGUAAAGCAUGGCAAAAGGAAGAAAGAGUUCGAGCAGGGGGAGUACUAUAUUAAGGACAACUUCGAGGAUAUUAUCCAGGCUUUAGACCUGUUCAAGGAUGAUCCACUUAUUUUCAAGCCAGGUUCAACAUUCUUAUACUCUACUCAUGCAUUUACCCUGUUGAGUGCUGUGUUGGAGAGAGCAGCAGGCCGGCGCUUUCUGGACCUUAUGAUGAACAUGUUUCGCGAAUUAGGCAUGCUCAACACCGUGCCCGAUGAGAACGACCCCAUUAUCUACAACCGAGCUAGGUAUUACCAUCACAGUAAAAAUGGGCGCAUUGUGAACUGCCCAUAUGUGGACAACUCUUACAAGUGGGCUGGAGGAGGCUUUCUGUCUACAGUUGGAGAUCUGCUGCUUUUUGCUAAUGCCAUGCUCUACAGCUAUCAGCUAUUGGACCUAACUGACACAAGCGGAUUCCUCCCAGGCUUCCUCAAACCCCACACAGCUAAAGCUCUCUGGGCUCCUGUGGAUAAAACUGAGCCUUCAUGGGAUAAAGAUGGCCGCUAUGCUCAGGGCUGGAUGGUCGUGGAGAAGCAACAGAUGUAUGGGCAAUGUCGCAUGCGCAGGCACUAUGUCUCACACACGGGAGGCGCUGUGGGGGCGAGCAGUGUGUUAUUGGUUUUACCCAGUGGGAGUCUAAAGGCACCAGGAGAGAGAGCGACCCCUCCUCUGGGGGUUGUAGUGGCCAUCAUCACAAAUUUGCAGUCUGUCGGACUCAAUACCACUGCACUGAAGAUUGCGUAUGAGUUUGAAAAGGCCAGAGACAGCUAAAUUAAAAGUAUUAUACAAUUUGUGUAUGAUUCAUUGUCUAUAAUUUUCGUAUCAUAACGUUGACCCGGGUCAUUUAUCUACAAUGUUGACCUACAGUAUAUACCGAUCAGCCAUAACAGUAAUUUCAAAACCAGGUGAGUUGAAUAACAUUGAUUAUAAACUAUAUAAACCAGGGACAGGAUCAUGGGCACACAUGGAUCAUUUAUGCUUAUGGGAAUCAGAGGCAACCCAGCUUGCAUGUUUCCAAAGAAAAGCCAAUCUAGCACAAGGUAUCAAAACACCCAGUGCAUCACAGGUUGCUGUUAAUGGGACUUAGCAGGCAACGAGCUCAAGGUUGUUGAUCUAGCCUACAAAUUCCCCAAAUCUAAAUCUGACUGCAAUCCAUGGGAUGUGCUGGACAAACAAGUCAGUUGCAUGAAGGCCCCACCUUGAAACGUGCAGAAUUUUAAGUGAUAUUAUACUGGUGCCAGAUUUACAUUUUCUAUCUACAUUUAGGCAUUUGGCAAAUGCUCUUAUCUUAGAAAAGUGCUUUGAAGUUUUCCGACACUGGGUUACUGGGUUACUAGAAACCCCAGCACAUCUUUAGAGGUUUUCAGGAGUCCAUGCCUCGAGGGGUCAGAGCUGUUUUGGUGGCACAAUGGAACCUAAUACAUACAGUAUAAGAACCUAUUAUGUUAAUGGUUUUAGUGGUAUGCCUGAAUGGUAUAAAUGUGAGUGAACAUGUAUAGUGCAAAGCACACUUCAUAUGUAUUUUUACUGCGAAUCAGAUUUUAUCUCUUUACAUGCAUUGCAUAGGAAAUUGUAUAAAUAGAUAAUUGAUAAACUUGCCUUCUAUUUCUUAUUCUUUGUUUUUUGUAAUGUUACAAAUAGCAUUCCUGCUAUGCUAUACUGUACUUGGAAUGAGGUCAUAAAUUUAAGCCAAAUUGAAAUGUUUUAAGGGUCCCACUAGAGGGAGACUCCUCUCCCUCUUCUUUCUCACCGGGUCAUUUUUAGAAUCUAGCAGGCCUCCUUCAAAAUCAUGGACAGUUUUAAUGACAAAGCGCAUCUGAUUGUUUAUUGACCAUAACAUCACUAAAGAUUUUAUAGUUAACUCAGAAAUAUAAUGAGUGGGGAUGUUUUUGUCUCUGAAAUAAGAUCUAAUAAAUUUUGUCACUUUUGAA